AAUUGAAUGAUUAGCGGUUGCCCCCUCCUUUCUUCCUCCUGGCGGAGCGAGCGCUGUGCAGUUGCCGCCGCGGACGAGGGGCCUAUUUACUGCCACCCUGCGGUACAGCUAACCCGGGGGUUGAUUUGCCUUUUCAAACCCGACACCCUCAGGGUCUCACCGUCUGUGCGUUUUCCCUGGUGAAAGCAGCCGGUGUGCGUAAACGAUCCAAGAUCGUGCAAUCUGAUAACGGAUCGUCGUUGAAAAGGAGAGAGAGAUAUCCUUCGAUGUUUGGGGAGGUCUAAGCCCAAACUUACUUUUGGAAACAUAAUUCUUCGCUUACGCAGUUUUAACAAAGGCGUUCGUAAACGAACUGCAUCCCAAUGCAGAAGAUGGGGCAGAGCUCCUUUCCUGAACCACUGCUGUCUUUCUGGUGAACUCCCACAGGGCCUUUGCGGAAGGACAAUUAAGUUUUAUCUCCAGCAAUGAUGAAGGACCAAUGACUAUACUUCCAAAACCCAAUGGUGUUGACUUGGAAGGCAACCUUCUGGUCUCUCUGGUGUGGAAUCUCGCUGUCUACAGCUACCUCUGCCCCUGCUCUCCAUUACUGAGUGAGCGUCCAGUGCCAACACCUCUGCACAGAUGAAGACAUUUAGCUGCUUUUUGUUCUUCCUCUCGCAGCUUCUCAGCCAGUGGGCUGCAGCUCAGGAGGUGAGUCACAGCAUUGUGGCUGCUACAGGUUCUUCCGUUCAUUUCCCUGGAACCGAAAAGAAAUUCACGGACUUGAACUGGGAGUUUUCAAAUCCUACCAGAACACUUCCCAUCACAGCUGUGGGUGGAGAGCACCCUGUCAUAUUCGAGAGGUACAAGAAUCGCAUUGAAGUUAACAUCUCAAAUGGAUCCUUUGUGCUAUACACUGUAGAGAAAGCAGACAGUGGCAAUUACAAAAUGACAGUGGAUUUAGACCCAAAGUGGACCAGGAUUCUAACUCUUCAAGUCUUUGAUCCUCUCUCCAUACCAUCCAUCUCCUGCAACUACACCUCUGAGAAUGACACAGCCGUGCUGAGCUGCACAGUGCAGAGAGGGGUGGCCGCUUCCAUCCUCUGGACCAGAGAAGGUGUUGUACUCCCAGCAGACCAACGUCAGUCCCUGUCCAAUGGGAAUGUAACACUCACCAUUUGGAAAAUUCAGGAAUCGGACUCUGGAUAUUACACCUGCACUAUGGAAAAUCAAGUCAGUCGCACUAACAGCACCUGCCAGCUGGUCAACAAGAAUGAUGGAGCCCAUUACAGAGCUCGAUAUGGGUUGUUUCCAGCCGUUCUCCUGGUCUGUACAUCAGUGCUCGUGUUUAAUGUGCGAUUAGUGUAUGGUUGAAGAGGCUUCUUCAAUAGACAACCUACCCCUACUCACUAGGACGAUGGCAGCAGGUGCAUUGGAAGACCACCACCUUUCAAUUCCACUCCAGGUCACGUUAUCCAUUCCUUCUGCACUGGUGACAAGGUCCAGGAGUUCCCCACCAAGCUUACACUGUGCAAAGUGCUUCACCCUGAGAGAUGCAGCUUCUGCAAGAAAUGAAAGGAAUUUAAACAGUUUUUUCAUUGUACUCUGCAGAAAUUUAUCCCACAUUAAACAAAGGAUCCCAGGAAGAGAUGGACUGAAUUCUGAAGGCACAUGUAAAGUGCCAGAUUUGUGGUGUACAUCAGGGAAUGUAUCAGGGAUGGGAGUGAGUAUGAACUAAAGAGAAAAGAGACAAUUGGUAACGGGUUUCUUCAGGCUGGAAGGACGUAACUGGUGGAAUGUCCCAGAUCGUUUCUUGGCCAUCAAGUAUUUGUUAAUUAUUUGUUAUUGUCACAUGUACAGAUACAGAGAAAGACUCUAUUUUCAAUGCCAUCCAUGUAUAAUCAUUUUAAAACAUUAUGUUAAUGGAGGAGGGGAAAUCUGCAAUGUGCCCAGUUUGGCAAUGAUGCAAAAAUAGUUCACUCGUAUUUAUCGAUACACACUAAGCAAUGCAUUUACAGUCAACUAAGCGAAGCAGACCAUGAUGAGUUAUCUUUCCACAGAAAAAAAACUUUUCACAGAGAGGUGACUUUUCAGAGGAACUCAAUAAAGACUUGAUAGUUAAUAGAAAUAGGAACUGUGGAAAAUUAAGGGUAAGGUGGACACCAGAACAGUAUUAAACUCAAUGGCCAGCAUUGGCCAGUGCACUUCCCACCCACCCACCCUCCAUCACCCGGCAUCCAGCUUGUUGGUCUGUUGCUUGUAUUGACCCUUUGCAGCUUUGUGGCUCCCAGCCUCCCUGAGGCUUCCUUGCAGGAGAAAAUUGAGAUUUUCAUUAGAAGUCAUGAAGUUUUUGACAGCAAAUCUGAAUCUCCAGAAUCUGGACUAUCUCCCUCGGCUGACAAUGAAGUGGGAGAUGUGCCUGAGAAUCACCAAAAACUCAUUUCAAGCCCUACCACACUACUUAAGCAAGCAUACUCUCUCCAAAAGUAAUGAAAAUAUCUAGUCCAUGGCCAAAACAGUCAUUAAAGUACAAACAUACCACACCCACAUGAUCCUAAGGAUUUGCACCUUAAACAUAAUGAAUUAGGUCAUGGUCUGUUUGUGACUUUCUGAAGCUGAUGGAUGUUAGCAAAGCUUGUUCAAUCGUACCAGGAAGGAUUUUGUCGGCUCCCAGAUGUACCCACCGGGAGAGCCGCUCUGAGUAAUUUGGAGGUUAGUGGGAAAGACUGCAUAGCUUGCUCAUUACUAACUCCAAAAUCUUUAGAAUUAGAAUCCGAAUAAGGUUUACUGUUACUGAUGUGAGACAUGCUUUUGUUUGUCGGUAGCAGUGUAGUGCAGACAUAGCAAAUUAAUAUAGCUAUUGAACAUGAUAGCACAGCAGAGGUCCUUUGGCCUACAAUUUGUGUUGAACUUUUAACCUACUCCCAAGAUCAAUCUAACAUUACUCUCCUUCAAUUUACUAUCAUAUGUGUGCUUGGUUAAGACUUUCUUAAGUGACCAUUAAACAAUAAUCAAUAAAUAAAGAAGCAGUGCAAAAGAGCAUUAAUGAUGUAUGCUCUUGUUCGUGGACUGUUCAGAAAUCCAAAGAGGAAGAUAAUUUUCCUAAAACAUUGAAUGUGGGACCUCAGGAUCCUUUACCUCCUUCCUGACAGUAGUAAUGAGAAGAGGGUAUGUCCCGGAUGGUAAGGGUCCUUAAUGAUGGAUGAAAAGUAUUUUGAGUCGUUUUUUGCAGAUUUUCUCGAUGGUGCGGAGGCUGGUACCUGUGAUGGAGGUGGCUGACUCUACGGCCCUCUGCAACCUCUUCUAAUCCUGUGCAUUGCUGUCUCCAUACCAGAGGGCGAUGCAGUCUGAAAGCCCUCCAUACUACAUCUGCAGAAAUUUGCUGGAGUGUUUGGUUACAUGCCAAAUUAUUUCAACCUCCUAAUGAAGUAUUUUGAUUGCAUUAAUAUGUCGGAUCUUCUCUGAGAAGUUGAUGCCCACCAAUUUCGGAGUUUGAUCAAUCUAAUUCUGAUUUCACGGUGGUUCAAUGAGUAGAGCCACUGCCUCCCAGCUCCAAUAGCUCUGAUUCGAUCCUGACUUCACCUGCUGUCUGUGUGGAGUUUGCAAGUUCUCCCUGUGACUGUGUAGGCUUCCCCUCAAUCCUCUAGAUUUCUUCCAUGUCCCUAAGGUGAGUGAGUUGAAUUGACUUUAUUACUUACAUCCUUCAAAUAAAAGGAGUAAAAAUCUUUAUAUUACAUCUCCAUCUAAAUGUGUAAUGUGCAAUUUAUAGUAAUAUGUAAUAAGUAAU